AUGUUACCAUACAUAUUCUUUUUUUCAUUGGUGAUAACUGGAUGUUCGGCUUUAGAGCCUUCAUAUGGUGUUCAGGAUGGUUUUUUGGAGUAUUUUGCCGCGGUCCAUCCAGAGAAGCCUUUUAAUUGUUUAUGCGGCAAUGUGUCCAUUAUGGGUCAUCAGGUUAACGAUGAUUAUUGUGAUUGCCCAGAUGGAAGCGAUGAGCCGGGGACAUCGGCAUGUACGAAUGACAGGUUGGAGGUUAAUUUACCUAAAAAAUGGAAAUUCAGGUGCAAAAACAUUGGGUUUAAACAACAAGAAAUUCCACAUAAUCAGAUCAAUGAUGGAUUAUGUGAUUGCUGUGACGGUUCUGAUGAGUAUUCUGAUAUUAUUGCGUGCCCCAAUGUAUGCGCUGAGACCCAGGAAAUUGAGGAAAAGAAACGUUUGGAGAAUGAACGGGUCAGAGAAGCAGGAAUGCGUGAGAAGGAAAAAAUGAUGGAGCAGGUGAGGAAAAAUCGUGAAGAUGACAAGGUCCAACUCGAGAAUGAAAUCAUGGAAUUGGAAAGAGUAAGGAAAUCCAUUGAAGAAAAAUCUGUGAAGCUUGUUCCAUUUGAAGAAAAAAAAGGGCAGAGAAAAGGCGCUACUU